AUGGGAGAUGUGCAAUCCAUAUUUGAACAUAUACUAAAUUCUUUUGCUAAUGAGAGUUUGCCUUUGGUUGUGGAGGAUGGCCAUAGUGAGGAAUUAGGCCAAAAGGAAGGUGAGAAUGAAUUUAGAGCGUCUAACAUAAGGACAAUGUUUGUCUCUGCCGAAAAUGGCCAAACUCUAAUGGAAUCCAAGCAAAUAAGAAAUUUGUCCCCACCAUCAGAAAAGUUAUGGAUUUUGCUGAUGGUGUUAGGCUGUGAAGUUUUAAGGAUAGGUCAAAUUGGUUUGGGUAUGGGUUGCGACAUGGGUUCUAACGGUUUCAAGAAUAAAAUGGAAAGUUUUGAGCUUCAUAUCAACCUGUUGAUGAUGUUUAGUAUUGUCUCAUCAAUUUUAAGCACAGGAGAUGGCCAAACAACUAAUUUCAAUGUGUUGGAUUAUGGAGCAAAGGGAGAUGGAAAAACCGACGAUUCUCAGGCAUUCUUAAAGGCAUGGGAAGGUUUGUGUACUGAAGCUGUUGAAGCUCCUCCUGCCCUUAUCAUACCAAGUGACUAUUCGUUCUUAUUGCAACCUCUGCUGUUUAGUGGCCCUUGUAAGUCCAACACUGUUCAUAUUCAGCUUAUGGGGAAUGUUGUGGCACCAGACAACCUUGAUGCAUGGAUAAAUUGCAGUACAUUGUACAAGUGGCUGGCCAUACAUUAUGUAGACGGUCUCAUCUUCAAUGGAUUUGGACAUAUCAAUGGCCAAGGUUCACCAUGGUGGGAUAAUGGAAAUGUGGAGCGCAAGAAUUGCUCAAAGCCAACGGCCCUAUAUUUCCACAGUUGUAAUGGUCUUCAACUAAGAGGGAUUACACAUCUUAAUAGCCCCAGAAACCACAUAACCUUGAAUGGGUGCAAUAACGUAACUCUGUCGAACCUUACUAUAAUAGCUCCUGAUGAUAGCCCGAACACUGAUGGAAUUAACCUCAAGGAUUCAACCAAUGUCACUAUUCAAGACACUACCAUCGCAACUGGUGAUGAUUGCAUUGCUAUAAACGAGGGAACCUUCAACGUCAAUAUAACCGGUGUAGCAUGUGGACCAGGUCAUGGAAUCAGUAUUGGAAGCUUAGGAAACACCGAAGAUUAUGAAACGGUGGAAGAAAUACAUGUCAGAAAUUGUAGCUUCAAUGGAACUCAGAAUGGAGCAAGAAUCAAGACCAGACAGGAUGGAAUAGGGCAUGCUAAGAAAAUAUCCUUCGAGCACAUCAUAUUUAUAGCAGCUGGAAAUCCUAUCAUUAUCGACCAGAAUUACUUUGGUGCCGAAGGAGGGUGCAAAAAUAAGUUCCAAGUGAGUGAUAUCACAUAUAGAGAUAUACAAGGAAGUUCUGCUGUGGAGGAAGCGAUUAAGUUGGAUUGUUGCGGUAUAGGUUGCCCAAAUAUUGUGAUGGACCAUGUCAAUUUAACCUCUUCCCUUCCAAAUCAAAAGGUUCUUGCUGUCUGCAACAACGCUUCUGGAACCUCAUCAUCUACUUUGCCUGAUGUCCCUUGCUUAUCAAACUAA